AUGACGCCAUGGAUGUCUUUGACCCUUGGAGUGUUGGCUUUGUCGCGUCAAGCACUGUGUGCCUCAGGUGACAUUUGCUCUAUAUACAAUGUCUUGGCUAGUAUUAUAGACGAUCGACUGUACUUCAUAGGUGGCAAUUACAGCACAGCAACCUAUGAUGGACAAGUAAUUAAACCUAGUACGAAUUUGUACUACCUCGACCUUGACAGCCAAUUUCCAGUCGAAAGAACGAUUCCAAAGUCCUCUCUGCAUACCGACGCUGUCACCCCCAGAUCCACUCCCGCGUAUAACCUGGCAAAGGGUGGAAACGGAGAUGGGGUAAUUUGGACAAUGAACGAUACUAUGUACUUCUUCGGAGGCGGUUUUGGAGAUAGCGAUUUUGCAAACGGCGUCGACACUAUUUCAUCAUAUAACGCUUCAACUGGAAGGUGGAAGAACGUUCAAGUAAAUGGCGGAAACUUCAACUUUGGCAAUCGUAGCGAUACGCAAUCCGCAAGCAUUCCUGAAGCAGGUCUUGGGUUUGUUUAUGGUGGACGCGAACCCUACAUGCAUGGCAUGAUCCGUUUUGAUGCAUCCGAUCCCAACAAUCCAUCCUGGACUAACGAGACCCUCAACAACGGAUCACAUGGUGUUGAUGUACCGAGGCUGAAUGCUGGUGCUAUGGUCUACGUCCCUGCUGGCAAAGAGGGCAUGCUAAUCAGCUUCGGGGGUGGGAAUAUUACUCAAGGACUAAGUCCCUCUUCUGGAUGGCCGUUUCCAUCAGAUUGGAACGUUAUUUAUGUUUACGACAUCGCCUCCCACACCUGGUGGAUGCAAAAGGCCUCUGGUGAUCCGCCAAUAGACCGAACUUCAUUUUGUGCCGUUGUCACGGAGUCGCCCGAUCGCAGCGCAUUCCAUAUCACCACCUACGGUGGAUGGAGUCUGACCGAGCAACGCUCCUACGAAGAUGUCAACAUUCUGACAAUCCCAUCGUUUCAGUGGAUCGAUGCCACCGAACUAUCAAAGAAAACCAAUCUGGAGCAGCAAGUUAACUCGACUAUCGGUCGCGAUGGUGUCAGUCAUUGUCAGAUAUAUCAGGGCGCACAGAUGGUCGUUCUCGGAGGCAAUAUCCGUGCUGGCGCGUACUCGAUCACCGAUGAGGAAUGCAGCAAUGUUUUCGAUCCUACCCGUGUCCUGGAGCUUUCUACAUACAAAUGGCAAACGAACUUGGAUACUAAUUCUACCUACAAAGUACCUUCUGUCAUCUACGACAAAAUUGGGGGGGGAGCUACUGGGGGCGCUACAAUUACGGUACCUUCGGCCGGGUUCGCAGACGCUACACUCGCAUCACUAAUUCAAAAUCGCGUUCCUAACUCCGGAAUCUCUGGCUCUAUCUCAUCUUCAUCCGAUGGCCCUUCAUCUACCAAUUCGUCUUCGCAGGGGUCAAAUAACACCUCGAGCCAUGUGAAAACCGGUGCUAUAGCCGGUGGUGUGGUCGGCGGAGUCGCUGGGCUGGCUUUAAUUAUUGCCCUAACCUGGUAUUUGGUUCAACGUAAGGAGCGACCCCAGACAGAGGAAAAUUCAGUGAAGCCUCCAGUGGCCAAUGUGUUGUCUGAGCUUCCUGGAGAUGCGCAGGCGGAGCUACCUGUACAGCCUGGUAUGUAUGUGGAAAUGCCAGGGGGUCAAGGUAUUGGAGAGUUACAGGGGGAGAGUAAGCCACGCGCCGAGCUACGUUCAUGA